GCGGGGUCUUAUCCCUUUCCAGUAGCGAAGAUCCCGACCAAGCUCCCGGCCCCAGCACCGAAUAUUCUGGCCAAGCCCGGCCGCGUCCUCGCCCACGGCGGACGGCAGCGACGAAGACCCCUUCCAAAUCCGCUUCCCGCACGCGAUUCUUGCAGGCCGUUGGGAACUUCAACCCCAACAUCCUCGGCUCCCCUCCCUCGAUGACGCCAAAGAACGCGUCUCAAGCAGCGCCCGGCGUCUCCCCCAUUAUCAGCUCUUCCCGAAACCUCUCCCAAGGUACUCUGUCUCUAAGUUGCUGCUCUGUGCUAGAAGGGAUGAACAGGGGAGAAACAGGACAGGGCUGGGGGUUGUCUGCACACAGAGAUAUUGAGAUAAUUGGUACUAUUGUUGUAGAAUGUUGUGAUGGAAAAUAAAAAAAAUUCUUCGAUCUCUUGCAAAUGAUGUUGGAUUGAAUGAUUUCUUUCAGUCACAGGAGUCGUCCAAUAUCGUGCUUCUUAUUGGAAAAGAGUCCCUGAGUUCGUACAUGCCAACAAGAAAGAAGACUAACAGUGGGUUGUUAAGGUGAGGAAUUUUUUAGCGUGCAUGCUUUGUUCGUCCGGAUUGGGUGGUGAGUUUUGGCCUUUUGGGUAUGACAGCGAGGAAUGUUUUAGUGUGCAUGCUUUGUUCGUCCGGAUUGGGUGGUGAGUUUUGUGUAUGACAGUGAGGAAUGUUUUAGUGUGCAUGCUUUGUUCGUCUGGAUUUUAGCGGCCACUGUGUCGUCCAGGUUGGAGAGGAUGAUGGAGUCUGGCAUGGCUGAAGAGGGUGAAGCGGCUGUUGGGGUUAAGUGCUGCGAGUAAUUUUACAGGAGUGAGCUUUCUCAGAAAUCUGCGACCGUUGAAACAUGGAAUACUCCCUCCGUUCCAAAUUACUUGUCGUCGUUUUAGUUCAAAUUUGGAACUAAAACGACGACAAGUAAUUUGGAACGGAGGGAGUACAUGCAAAGAUGGGGAAUAAUCAACAUGAUGCUCUGUCGAGAGAAGUAGAAAUUAAUUAAGCUUCAAGAGGCUGAGACGACUCUUGUAGUACUAAGAGGAAAAGUUAGUUCUGGAAACACGGAUAUCUCUGUACUAUCUAUCUAUGUUGAGCAAAGAAAUUCAUUUUCUUCCUUUCUCAGUCCUCUAUUUUUUAGCAGACCAAGAUGCACAAAAGUGCGGCCUAUAAUAAACUGAAAUAGAAGCAGGUAACUACACUCUAGAGGUAUACAUGAACAAGAGAAAAGAGGAGAACAAUGAUCAAUGGAGAAAUGCACUGCGCUGUUAACUGCUGCUACUAUAACACUGAAGUUUUAAUUGCAGGACACCCUUAAAGAAAGAAAGAAGACUUGUGCUAUCAGAAACCAAUCGAAAAGGAGAAGGCAUAAAUGCAGUGGAUGGACUUGACAUUAAGCUGCUUUGUUAGAUAUACCAGGACGAAGGUUAAAAUCAGAGGGCUUUAACAUCAUGCCAUAGUAUCUCAAGUCGCACUAGAUGAGAAUGUUUCAUGAUGCAAAUAACUUGUGUUAGCCAUUCUUGUUUUGUGUUUAAUUUUAUGCUUUAUUCUUCGACUCGCUAGGAUAUAGUACAAUUUUCAGUUGUGAGCCUAGCAUCUAGCAUCGAUUUUGACCUCUGAAAUUUUGUUUAGCAGGCAGCACCAGCUGCUUUUAGUGCAAAUCACCGAGAGCUAAGGGUAUAUUUGUCCUUGCAUCAUUGUAAUUUUGAUGUUUUGCCUUAUUAAUAAUUUAAUAUCGCGUGUUCCAUCUUGACCCUAUUAUGUUGUGCCUAUAUGUGUUUCUUAUGCGGUUACGAUGGUGACAAUGUGCCUAAUUUGCUGUAUGACAUGCAGCGUGAUCGGUGGGGGUUGAAAGUGUGGCGAUGCCAAUGUCAGAGACUGAACUUGUUAGGUCGGUAAGAAUUAUUUCAUAUUUCUCUAGCUUUGAGAUUGCGGCUUCACUUCUACUCCCUCCGUUCCUAAAUAUUUGUCCUUUUAGAGAUUUCAAAUGGACUAUCACAUACGGAUGUAUAUAGACAUAUUUUAGAGUGUAGAUUCACUCAUUUUGCUCCGUAUGUAGUCACUUGUUGAAAUCUCUAGAAAGACAAAUAUUUAGGAACGGAGGGAGUAGUAUCAUAUCAACUAUAAAUGCAUGUGUUGAUCAUAUAAUUAAUGCGUAAAGAUACCUCGCAAAAAAAUUAAUGCGUAAAGAUAUCUUACAUAAUAUUAAUGUGCAAUUAAUUUCCUCCCUAAUAUCACAUAUAGGCAUUUAUUGCAAUUAAUAUUGUAUAUUUAUUAAUGUGUAUAUAUAAGAAGUGUGUGGCAAGGAAAAAAAUGUGGCUUCUCUGGUUCGACCGGAUCCAAGAUUUUGGACUCCUCGAUUAAAAAGAAAGAAAGGUUUUACACUCUUCCGCGGCUCGCAAGCACCUGCUCAGCAUCCACUCGCCGGCCGGCCGCCGCCGUAUUUUCUUGGUCGGGCCGGCGCGGUGUCGUGCCGCGCCGUGCUGCCUCCCCAGGAUCGCACCGCCGGCCGUGACAGGAGAAAGCAACCGAAAACCAACAAGAGCGGGGGACAGGAAGAUAUCGGAGGCAGCUGCCCCAACCCUAGGUGAGGCCCGAUCGUCUCUCGCUUUGGCUUCGCUCCGUCUUUAGGCUCUCACAGUAAAAGUGUACCAAAUGGACCAUGGGAGUUCCCCAACGAAGAUACGUAAGUCUGUUGUGGAUGAAGAUAUCAUCAGCAAUCUACCCGAAGCUCUCAGAGACAAAAUCCUUUGUUGUCUGCCAAUAAAAGAAGCUGUUGGAACAUGCCUCUUGUCAAGGACUUGGAGGUACACAUGGGCUUCAAUGACCGAACUGAUGUUCAGGAGAGCUGAUUUCGCUUCAGGAAAUGAUAGUGCAGACGAUGACCGCAGAUUUCUUAAGUUCACUGAUAUGUUUCUCUUCCUCCACAACGGCCCAAUUCUGAAGUUUUGCCUGAAUACCGUAGCGAAUGAAAUGGUAUCCACUGGAGGACACCUUUACCGUUGGAUGCUUAUGCUGUCAAGAAAUAAGAUUAAGGAGAUUCAACUUCAGACAAGUAUACGUGACAGUUACAAGGUCCCGUCUAGUUUUUUCUCCUGCGAUGAACUAGAAUAUGUGUAUCUGCGAGCUUGUGUUUUCACUAGUUUACAUUUGCCACCUCCAUCUAAAGGCUUCAAACAAUUGCAUACUCUUCGUCUAGAAUAUGUUACUGUGGAAGGAAACAGUUUAGGGGAUUUAGUAGCGAGUUGCCCGAAUUUGGAGAAACUUAAUAUUCGUGGAUUGUGCAGCCAAUCCAAUAUAAAUAUUCGUUCAACAAAGCUCAAGGUGCUAAAAAUUGAAGGCUGGUUUACACACCUCAAUCUGCAUGCUCCUUAUCUUACUUCCGUAUGGAUCGGACUGGAACUGAAUUCUGACACAGAUGGUGCUUCGACAACCAGAUGCAACUUCAAUCUUUCUCCAUUUAUUGCUUCUCUUUCAGAUGUUGAGACUAUUAGGUUUCAUGGACACAUCCUUGAGCGCGUAGAACAUGAAUUUCUGAUUCUCAAGCAGCCAAGAUUAUUCAACCGGCUGACAGAGAUAAGCCUGGAGAUCAAUCUCGGUGAUCUCAAGGAAGCAAAUUUUGCCUUGUGCUUAUUUCAGCAUGCCCCCAACCUGCGAUUUGUCAAACUAAAGCUCAUUUCCAGGAAUUCCGCGGGACCAACAGUGCAUUUCUGGGAAUCAAUAGACCGUGAUGUCUGUCUCUUCCAGAACGUUGAAGUACUUGGUUUGUUUGACUUUACUGGCUCCGUUGCGGAGCUAGGCUUCUUGAAAUUUUUACUUGAAGGUGCACCAGUGUUAAGAAAAUUGGGAAUAAUCGACAAGGGAUUGGACAGAAAUGUCCUAAAAUAUCUCCUGAAGCUGAGAAGAGCAUCAAAGGAUGCAGAAAUAUUGAUUCUUUGAGGCUUGUUUCCCCCACUAGAAAAAGGUCAACUUCACCACCCUAGUGUUUUAUCCCUACUCUGUUUCCAUGGAGAGGAUCAAGUCCAAUCUCUGAAGGAACAAGUCGAGACAAUUGGAAGGAACGGUGUCAAGCUUGUGUUGGGAACCUCUAACAACUCUACUGCUCUCGUUUGGUGCGAUCUUGCAAGGCACAAGAUCUGAAGUCAGGGUAUACAAGCAUAAGUUAUCCCCAUAAUUUGAUGUUGAAGUUAUCCCGUGUUCCUGUGGAAAACAAUGUUGCCUCAAGAGUUGCUUACUUGUUGUGUCAAAGUUCAGAAAGAAAAUGUUUGGCAGUUCAUAUUGAACUGCGAAAACGUGUUAUAUUUAGGACCAGAGGGUGUAUUUCACUAGCUCGCGGUCGUUCUGUUUUCAACUGUUUGCGCCAUUUGAGAAUGCAGAAAUUUGCACCUGACGCACCACUAUUUGUUUU